CUCAUUUGUUCCAGGACAGUUACAGACUGUUGCAUUCUCUAGGUGGAAGUAACUUUUAGUCCCAGUGUCCAUACCUACCACAGAAGGGCUGAGGAAGCCUGGAAAGGCGACACCUAGGGUCUAAAACAGACCACACCCAACAGAAGCGACACCCCGGGCUCCAGCCGGCUCUAAAACAGAUCACACUCAACAGAAGCGACACCCCGGGCUCCAGCCGGCUCUAAAACAGACUACACUCAACAGAAGCGACACCCCGGGCUCCAGCCGGCUCCCGUACAGCCUGAAAGCGGAUGCGGAGCAGGCAACAUCACUUCCGGGGCAAACAGCAGCUAUGACCGCCAACGCGGAGCUGAGGCGGCGCCCCGGAGUUGGGGUCGGCGUGGUGGUGGUGAGCUGCGAGCAUCCUCGCUGCGUCCUUCUGGGGAAGAGGAAAGGGUCGUUUGGAGCCGGCAGUUUCCAGCUUCCCGGGGGCCAUUUGGAAUUCGGUGAGACCUGGGAAGAGUGCGCUCAGAGGGAAACCUGGGAAGAGGCUGCGUUGCACCUGAAAAACGUGCGCUUUGCGUCUGUGGUCAAUUCUUUUGUUGAGAAGGAGAAUUACCAUUAUGUCACCAUAUUAAUGAAAGGAGAGGUGGACAUGGCUCGUGAUUCAGAGCCAAAGAAUAUGGAACCUGAAAAAAAUGAAAGUUGGAAGUGGAUUCCAUGGGAAGAAUUUCCCCCAUCAGACCAGCUUUUCUGGGCUCUCCGUUGUUUAAAAGAGCAAGGCUACGACCCAUUUAGAGAGGACCUGAACCACUUGGACGGGUAUAAAGGAGAGCACCUCAAAGGAGCUAGGACAAUUCCUUGA